AUGACCCUUACUGGAAACCAUGAUAAGACCCUUACUGAGACCAAUGAUAUGACCCUUACUGGGAACCGUAAUAUGAUCCUGACUGGGAACAAUGAUAUGAUCCAUACUGGGACCAAUGAUAUGACCCAUACUGGGACCAAUGAUAUGAUCUUAACUGGGACCAGUGAUAUGACCCUUACUGGAAACCAUGAUAAGACCCUUACUGAGACCAAUGAUAUGACCCUUACUGGGAAUCAUGAUAUGACCCAUACUGGGACCAAUGAUAUGAUCUUAACUGGGGCCAAUGAUAUGACCCUUACUGGAAACCAUGAUAAGACCCUUACUGAGACCAAUGAUAUGACCCUUACUGGGAACCAUGAUAUGACCCAUACUGGGACCAAUGAUAUGAUCCUUACUGGGAACCAUUAUACGAUCCUUUCGUUGAACCAUGCUAUGAUCCUAGCUGGGAACCAUGAAACGACCCUUACUUGGAACCAUGAAAUGACCGUUAUUGGGAACCAUGAAAUGACCGUCACUGGGAACCAUGAUAUGACUCUUACUGGGAAUCAUGAUAUGACCGUUAUUGAGAUCUAUGAUAUGACCGUUACUGGGAACCAUGAAAUGACUGUCACUGGGAACCAUGAUAUAAUCCUAACUGGGAACCAUGAUAUGCCCGUUACUGGGAACCAUGAAAUGACCGUUACUGGGAACCAUGAAAUGAUUGUCACUGGGAGCUAUGAUAUGAUCCUAACUGGGAACCAUGAAAAGACCAUUAUUUGGAACCAUGAAAUGACCGUUAUUGGGAACCAUGAUAUGACCGUCACUGGGAACCAUGAUAUGACCGUUACUGGGAACCAUAAUAUGAUACUAACUGGGAACCAUGAUAUGAUACUAACUGGGAACCAUGAUAUGAACGUUACCGGGAAUCAUGAUAUGACCGUUACUGGGAAACCAUGA